UCGUGACCGACUCAUAAGGGCCACAGUUGGGCUCCUAGUCAGCCUCAGGUAACAUCUGUACAAACAAUCUAAUCGCUCCUCUCGUUAUUUUGGCGCUGCGGACAGAAACGGUUCUUCAUCCAAAUAACAUUGCGGUUACUUCGCCCCCCAAAGCCUCUGCGUCGUUGUUAAAUUGAUUGGAGUACACAAAAAUCGGAACUCGAAAAAUAAGUGGAAAUCAAAUCAAAUUGGCGAAUUCAUUUGCGUUUGGCGUGCAAGUUGUGUGUAUGUGUGUGGUUGUGUGUGUGUGUGAGCCCGCCCAAUUCAAAGGUUUACUAUCCCUUGAUUGCGGUUAUUGUCCACCAUUUGAAUGGUCGCAGUUCGUCCGACUUUGCCCGGCCUUUGUCGCCGUUUUCCGUCGCGGCCGUUUGACGUCCAGUCACUUGCUAAAUGUCAGCGAUUGCUUACAAAUGGACGUACGCCAUGCAAUAAGAAACAUUUCACUCCUCCGUCUGGACUUGCUAUCGGCUGACACCGCGUUUUGAAUUAUUGAUUGACGUCUCUUCAUACUUCGUGCUCUGUUCCUGCCCACCCACGUGUUGGUGGCGUCGCAGGGAUUUCCGACGCAGUGCUGCUCACCGUCAAAUUAUUCCCCCUUUCAUAAUAUCUGGCCUUUUGACUCGUCCCCGUUUACCCCGUACUGAAAUAACACGGAUCUCUCGUCAUUAGUCUCCAAUAGAGUUUGUAUAAAUCACAGCGCGUCACGCACCACGUCAUCAUGGAACGACACUCGACAUCUUCUUCUAGUCUGCCCAAGCCGAAAGCUCGUUACUGGCAAUGGAUCUUAUUCGCUUUACUGACACUAGAAUGCCGCACAGGUUUGUGCAGCGACGUGAAUGAGCCCGCCGCCGUUGCCGUUGCCGUUGCCGCUGUCGAUCCCUCCUCCGAGUGGGCCGUCGUCGAGUCGAGUUCUCCACCCGCAAGUUCAGCGGGAACGUACGUUGCCGAUGCCGAUUUCGACGUGAUGCCCACCGAAGUUCGUGUGGCGGCCGGCACCACGGCCUAUCUCAGCUGCCGGCCCCGCAGCCUCAGGAACAAAACGUGGUCUGUGCAGGUCUCCUGGGUCCGCCACCGCGACCUCCACAUCCUGAGCGUCGGCCGCUCGGUCUACACCAAGGACGGCCGAUUCUCCGUCUACCACCAGCGCCACACGGGCGAGUGGACCCUGCAGCUGCGGAGCGUCCAACUCAAAGACUCCGGACUCUACGAGUGCCAAAUCGGCACCCAACCAACCAGAAGCUAUUUCGUUCAUCUCCAAGUAGUCGAACCGACUACCUCGAUUUUUGGCGGGCCGGACAUGCACGUCCACGAAGGAAGUCCCGUUAACCUCUCCUGUCUCGUGUCGCAGGCCGUCGGCCAACCGGAAUUCUUCUUUUGGUACCACAACGGACAGGUAAUGGAAUUUGGCGGCGACAGGAUCGAAAAGCGCCAGUAUUUUGCUGAGACGGAUGUAACAGUUAGCUCGCUGCUCAUCAAAGCCGCCCACGUCAGCGAUUCAGGCAAUUACACUUGCCAGCCGGCCCACUGUCCCCCAGUAUCCGCCAAAGUUUACAUUCUCAAAGGUGAACAGCCGGCCGCCAUGCAGCGCAGCGGCAGCUCUUUGAUGAUGAACGCUGCCGGUUAUUGGUGGAGACUCUCGCUCGUCGCCGUCGCUAUGUGUUAUUCGUCGUACUCUGUGGGUUUGCUGUCUUUGCCGAUGUCUGUAUUUGUACUUGUAUCCCUGACUACUGUUCCCAAUUUUGGAUAACCAUCAAGCCCAAACCAAAUUAUUCUUCUCCACCAAUCCCAAACAUUUUUUUUCCUCCACCCACCCAACCCCCCCCCCCCAAAAAAAAAAAAAAAAAAUUUAAAAA